AUGGGCGCCGGGGCGACGACCCUGAGCAAGGACGAGGCCAAGGCGGCGGCGCCGGGCGCGGGCGUGGCCGAGUUCGACGAUGCGGCCUGGGAGUCGCUGGAGAAGGACGCCGAGGGCAAGGUGAGCUGCGAGACGCUCAAGGGCGUGGCGAGCAAGUACGCGGCGGCGCCCGCCGAGCCCGCGAAGCCCGCGGAACCGCCGGCAACGACGGCAACACCCGCGGAGCCGGCGCCGGCCGACGCGCCGUCGGACGCGGCGUCGAGCGUCCCCGCCAAGUACCUGCACCCGGACCACCCCGGGAACGCGGAGAAGAUCGAGCACCUCGCGCCCGGCGGCUUCGCGACGGGCUCCUUCGCGCAGUCGUUGCAGGCGCCCGAGAGCCUCGCGGCGGCGGAGAAGGUGCUCUUCAAGCUGCACCAGGUGCUGAGCCACGAGGGCGACAACGCCAUCAGCGGCUUCGGCGAGACCUACGCGGCGCCGACGGUCAACUACCACACCAUGUUCAAGGCCGUGGACCUCGACGGGAACCGGCAGAUCGAGCGCGACGAAUGGAACAAGGUCAUGCGCCGCGUGCUCUGCCUCAAGGGCGCGGAGCUGAGCGACGACGAGCUCAUGGCCGUCUACGACGCCGUCGACGACAACCACAACGGCACCAUCAGCCUCCAGGAGUUCGCGGCCUUCGCGCGCGGCGGGCGGUGGACGUCGCCGCACCACCACCAGGGCCACGUGCGGAACACGUCCUGGGGCCUCGUCGGCGGCUUCGGCGGCGGCCACGACGACGGCACGGCGACGGGCACCUACGGCAGCGGCGAGGUCACGGAGGACAUGCCCCACUACAGCGACAAGAAGGUCACGCAGAAGGCGCGGUCGUCGAAGGUCGCCGAGCCGGCCGGCCUCGACGCGAUCCACCUCGUGCUCUACCACCUCACGCAGGAGAUCGCCAAAGAGAAGGGCAGCCGCGUGUCGGGCAUCCACAAGCACCCGGCGAAGGUCAACUACCACGACAUGUUCAAGAAGCUCGACAUCGACCACAACAACCGCGUCACGCGCGAGAACUUCGCGCUCGUGCUCCGACGGCAGGUCGGCGUCGGGGCCCACGUCACCGACGCCGACCUCGCCCUCAUCUUCACGGAGAUGGACACGGACAAGAGCGGGGCCCUCUCCUUCUCCGAGUUCGCGGCCUACUGCAAGGGCGCGGCGACGCCGACGAUCGCGCGCGGCCUCGCCUACGAGGCGGAGAAGAAGAGUCGGGCGCCGAGCUCCGCGCCCGCGCCCGCGCCGUCGUCAUAA